UGAAAUUCACACAGUCACUGUGACUGAGAGCAGAAAUGGAGCAGAAUCAGCUCGACCGAGAAACAUUCUCCUGUUUGAUCUGUCUGGAUCUACUGAAGGAUCCGGUGACUACUUCCUGUGGACACAGCUACUGUAUGAACUGUAUUAAAACCCACUGGGAUGAAGAGGAUCAAAAGAGGAUCCACAGCUGCCCUCAGUGCAGGGAGACAUUCAUACCGAGGCCUGUGCUAAAGAAGAACACCAUGCUAGCAGCUUUAGUGGAGCAGCUGAAGAAGACUGGACUCCAAGCUGCUCCUGCUGACCACCGCUAUGCUGGACAUGAAGACGUGGCCUGUGAUUUCUGCACUGGAAGAAAACUGAAAGCCAUCAAGUCCUGCUUAUUCUGUCUGGCCUCUUUCUGUGAGAAACACCUUCAGCCUCAUUAUGAUUCAGCUGCUUUUAAGAAACACAAGCUGGUGGAGCCGUCCAAGAACCUCCAGGAGAACAUCUGCUCUAAGCAUGAUAAGUUAUUGGAGAUCUUCUGCCGCACUGAUCAGAAGUGUGUCUGUUAUCUCUGCACUAUGGAUGAACAUAAAGGUCAUGACACAGUCUCAGCUGCAGCAGAAAGGACUGAAAGGCAGAGAGAGCUGGAGGAGAGACGAGGAAACAUCCAGCAGAGAAUCCAGGACAGAGAGAAAGAUGUGAAGCUGCUUCAACAGGAGGUGGAGGCCAUCAAUCGCUCUGCUGAUAAAACAGUGGAGGACAGUGAGAAGAUCUUCACUGAGCUGAUCCGUCUCCUCCUGGAAAGAAGCUCUGAUGUGAAGCAGCAGAUCAGAUCCCAGCAGGAAACUGAAGUGAGUCGAGUCAAAGAUGUUCAGAAGAAGCUGGAGCAGGAGAUCACUGAGCUGAAGAGGAAAGACGCUGAGCUGGAGCAGCUCUCACACACAGAGGAUCACAACCAGUUUCUCCUCAACUAUCCCUCACUGCCAGCACUCAGUAAGUCUGCCAAAUUCUCCAGCUUAGAGGACCUUCCUCCGUACUUUGAGGACAUUACAGCAACACACUCAUCCAGCAUCAACAUCCGUCCUCUGAGACACUUUGAGGACGUGACAGCAGCUGUGUCAGAGCUCAGAGAUAAACUACACGACGUCCUGAGAGACUCAGGGACAAACAUCUUACACAGACUUAAUGAUGUGGAUGUUUUACUGUCAGAACCAAAGAGCAGAGCUGGAUUCUUAAAAUAUUCACGUGAAAUAACUUUGGAUCCAAACACAGCAAACACACGACUGGGACUAUCAGAGGUAAACAGGAAGGUGACACUGAUGAAUCAACAUCAGUCCUAUUCUAGUCACCCAGACAGAUUCACUGGAUGGUGGCAGGUUCUGAGUAGAGAGAGUCUGACUGGACGUUGUUACUGGGAGGUGGAGUGGAGCGGGUUUCAGGUUCGUAUAGCAGUCGCACACAAGAAUAUCAGCAGAGCAGGAGGUAAAAAUGAAUGUGGAUUUGGAAAUAAUGACAAAUCUUGGGCUUUAGUAUGUCAACAAAACCGUUUUAGUUUUGGACACAACAACAUCAGGACCUCCAUCUCAGGUCCAGUUUCCUCCAGAAUCGGAGUGUACCUGGACCACAGAGCAGAUAUUCUGUCCUUCUACAGAGUCUCUAAAACCAUGACUCUCCUCCACAGAGUCCAGACCAGAUUCACUGAACCGCUACUGGCUGGAGUUUGGGUUUGUUGCACUGAAGACUCUGCAGAGUUCUGUAAACUAAAAUAGAUUUUCUCUCUGAUUGUUGAUCAGGGUUUGUAGUUCUGAUGUCUCUGUUGUUCUGUUCUUUAUUUUUCUUUUUUUAAAUGUAGUUCUCUGUGUUCCAGGAGCCAUAAAGUAAAUCACAGCUGAUGUUUUCUAUCAUUCUGAUAUGACACAGAAAUGUUGUCACAUAAAAAUCUGAACUUUUCUUGGUUCUAAUAGUUUUGUUUCAAUAUUUAUAUUGAUGCAUUUGGAUGUUCUGGUUUCUCUUCCUUUGUUCUGCAGAACAAAUGUUCUUGAUUAAAUCAAUUGAUACUGAAGGGAA